AUGUCCACCGAUAUUGCUGUUGCUAAGCCUGUUGAAGAAGUUAAGAAACCUGAACCAGUCUUAACUCCUGCUCCUGUUCCUAAGAGCUCUCCAUGGAAUGUUGUUUCAAACAGCAUCCCAGUUACUACCAUUGACAUCAGUUCUUUAAAUAAAGAUAAUGCUAAAAACACUUCAAUGCCAACAAUAAAAACAAGCAGUAAUACUAAAUGGACCCCAAUUAAAGCUUCCAUCGUAGUUGCCGGCUCAAAGAAGAGUUCCGGUAAUAAUGGUAAUAACAACGUUGUCAGAAGAAAUGGUAAGAACGGUAAAAGUAACAAUGGUAACAGAAACAAAACCAAGAAGCCAGUUAAACCAACUAGUCAACAAAAUGAGAAUAAGAAAAAUGAUUUCAAUGAAAACAACAGUAAAUUUAAUGAAAACCAAGACCAGAAUGAUGGAAAACAAGACAUGGGCAAUGGUUUCCCAAAGAAGAGACCAUUCAACGGUCAAAGACAAUCACGCACUGGCUUCCGUCCACAAAACAAACAAAUGCAUCAAUCUGAAUACUCUCUUCAACCAAUAAUCAUGGCUGUCAACAAUGUUGCUAGACAAAUCGAAUACUAUUUCAGUGAAGAAAACUUAGCCAAAGAUACUUUCCUAAAGGAAAAAUUAUCAAAGGAUGGUUACGCUCCAUUAUCAGUAAUUGCUAAAUUUUAUAGAAUUGUUAAUUUAUCAUUUAAUGGUGAUGCGAAUAUUAUCAUGGCUGCUUUGAGAGAAAUCACAUUUAAUCAAAAUGCUGCCGUCGAAAUUGCUUUUGGUGAACUGCAGUCAUCCGCUUUUGGUGAACAAAAUGUUACUGAACAAAGUCCUGAAUUAAAUGCCAGCAUCUUAGAUAAUUACUUCGUCCGUUCUAAGAAUUGGGAAGCUUCUGCUCCAUCCGAAUCUACUACUGUUGUUUCCAUUCAAAAAACAUUUGUCGGUAAUGAUUUAGACCAAUUUAUGAUCCAAUUUAACCCAGAACCAGUUCCAGUCAAAAAUGAAGAUGAAACUCCAGCUGAAGUCACUGAACCUGUGGAAUCUAAUUGA